UCAGAUUCACUUCUCUACUUUGUUAGAAUCGGCAUAUCAAUUAUUUCACGCAAUCGACCCGUGGAUUUGGGAGUGUUCAAUAUUCACUCUCUUGGCCAAGACCAGGUGUCCUUGUCUACUGGUCAGUGGUCAGUGGCGCACUGCGUUCGCAUCUUUCAGCUCUCGUCAUGUCACCGGGCCGACUAUUGGGGCAUGAUGACCGUGUUGAGGAUGAAGCUUUCGAUGAGGACGUAGAUUUCCUGGAGCCUAUCGCCAUUAUCGGAUUCUCUUUGAGGUUUCCUCAAGUAGGAUCUUCUGCCGAAAAGUUCUGGGAGCUUUUGAAGACGAGGCAAGAUGCCAUGACAGCCACUCCCCCAAGUCGAUUCAAUGUGGAUGCUUUCUAUCACCCGACGAAAAAAGACGCACUGAAUGUAAAGGGUGCAAACUACAUUCCCGAAGAUGAACCCCUGGAUGCCUUCGACAACGGUUUCUUCGGGAUAUCCCCGGCUGAGAGCCAUGCAAUCGACCCAGCACAACGGAUCCUACUUGAGACCUCUUACCGUGCAUUUGAGAAUGCAGGUCUACGAAUGGAGGAUCUUAGGGGCACAAGAACCUCCGUGCACACGGGAUGCUUUUCGAGUGACUACUUUACCAUGAUGAUGAGGGAUUCUGAUUACCUACCCACGUAUGGGGCACUUGGGGUCUCGCUCUCUAUGCUGGCGAGUAGAAUCAGUUGGUUCUAUGACCUUCGUGGCCCAUCUGUCAACCUAGACUCUGCAUGUUCUAGUAGCGCUAUGGCCAUCGAUAUGGCUUGCCAAGGACUGAGGACAGGCGAAUCAACACUAGCAGUCGUUGCUGGUUCGAGUCUUCUUUUCGAUCCCGACUAUUCGCAUAUCCUGGAUCACAUGCAUAUGCUCUCCCCCGAUGGGAAGUCGUUGUCCUUUGAUGAGAAGGCCAAUGGAUAUUCACGUGGAGAAGGUGUGGCUGUGUUACUACUGAAACCUGUAUCACAGGCUGUUCGGGAUAAUGAUACAAUUAGGGCUAUCUUCCGUGCAACUGGAUCAAAUCAGGAUGGUCGAACUCCAGGAAUCACACAGCCUAGCAGUACUGCUCAAGCUGAGCUCAUCCGUCGAACAUAUCGCAAUGCUGGACUUUCUCUGAAGCACACCAGAUAUUUCGAGGCACAUGGAACCGGAACUCCAGUCGGAGAUCCAAUCGAAGCUAAAGCUAUCAAGUCAGUUUUCCAAUGGGACAGAGAUACUACAGAUCCUCUCUAUAUUGGAUCUGCGAAGUCCCACAUAGGUCACCUCGAAGGUGCUGCCGGAAUAGCUGGGGUGAUCAAAGCUAUCAUGAUUCUGGAAAGCGGUGUCAUUACACCGAUAGCCAAUCUCAUUAAUGUCAACAAAAAGAUCGACCAGAUUGAUUCUUGUCUUGCAUUUCCCAAAGCAUGUGUUCCGUGGCCCCAAAAUACAGAAAUCAGGAGAGCGAGUGUUAAUUCUUUCGGCUAUGGAGGCAGUAACACUCACCUGGUACUUGACGAUGCGCAGAGCUAUCUUCUCCGAAAUGGUCUUUAUGCUCAUCAUAACACAUACCCUCUUGUCACGGCAUCUGAGAUGAAUGAUUGGAAUGAGGUCUCAAAUCAUUAUUCAGACUUGCGCCAUGACAAGGGCAAUCAACCAAUGGUCUUAUUAUUUUCUGCACAUGAAUCUUCAGCACUUCAAUCCAUGAUAGUGGACUGGCAAGAGUACAGCAAAAAAAGGAGAGGACCAGAUCAGCAUCCAGUGUCUAUUCGAGACUUGGCAUAUACUUUGGACACACGACGUAGCCGACUAUCAUGGUCUGCCGCCAUAUGUGCCACAAGCCUGGAGGAUUUGGUUACGGUCGAUCCCAGAUCAGUGACACGCAUACAGAAAAAGUCUGACACCCCUCGACUCGCCUUCAUCUUCACAGGCCAAGGUGCUCAAUGGUGUGCGAUGGGCCGUGAACUUUUUGAGUAUCCAAUGUUUGCAAGGUUUAUCGAUGAGGCUGAUAAACAUUUGCGAGCCCUUGGAAAUGUUUGGUCCGUAAGAGAAGAGCUAUGGAGAUCACCGGAUGAAAGCCGCGUUGACCAGCCCGAGAUUGCUCAGCCACUCACUUGCAUUUUGCAAAUCGGGCUUGUUGACCUCCUCUAUGAAGCGAAUGUCCGGGCGAUGGCAGUAGUCGGCCACUCUAUGGGAGAGAUAGCGGCGGCAUACUGUAGCGGUGCUAUAUCUAAGGCAUCUGCUUUGCGACUUUGCUAUUACAGAGGUCUUUACGUAUCCAAAGUCCAAGAAAGGAGCACUAUGAAAGGAGGAAUGCUAGCCGUAGGAAUAGGGGAGAGCACACUCGAGCCCUACAUGAAACGACUGCGCUGCAAAAUUCCAGACUUCAACAUCGCCAUCUCUUGCUUCAAUAGUCCGAAAAACCUGACUUUGUCCGGCCCACUCGACCAACUGAACAUGCUUCGCGUAGAACUUCAAUCUCAUGGAGUAUUUGCCAGAGCUGUACGCGUCAGUGCUGCUUAUCACUCGCCGCAGUUGGAAUGUAUCGUAAAGGAUUGUUUAGCCCAAUUUGAAGGCCUGAAACCGGGAACGAGGUAUGACAUACCCAUGAUCUCAACCGUCACUGGAUUGAGGGUCUCUCAUAAUCAGUUACGGGACCCUUCACAUUGGACCACGAAUAUGAUUCAACCAGUAGAGUUUACCGCGGCUCUUACCACGCUUUGUCUACAAGGCCCAAAGAGCUUGACGCCGAAGAUAGACGGUAGUCAUCAUCGGGCCGUUGUCGUAGACCAUCUGAUCGAAAUCGGCCCACAUGCCGCGCUUAGCCUCCCGGUUCGUGAGAUACUGGAGACGCUUCCACGGCAAAAAGAUCUUCAGUAUAGCUCAGUACUCUAUCGCAAUCAGUCUGCAAGCAAGUGCCUUCUUCAGCUGGCAGGAAAAUUAGCCUGCGAAGGCUUUCCAGUGGAUCUAAGAUUCCUGAACGAGCUAGGAGAGGACAAUCUGGAUCAACCUAAGGUUCUCCCUGACGGACCUCAAUACAAGUUUGACCACUCCCAGUCAUUUUGGCAUGAAAGUGAAGUCUCCCGGAACCACAGACUUCGCUCGCACAAACAUAUUCCGCUCUUAGGGAAGAGGUCACGGGAAUGGAACCCUCUCCAACCGCAGUGGAGGUGUAGGCUCAGAGUGGCAGAAUUGGCAUGGGUAUUGGAUCAUAGGAUCAGUUCACAGACUAUGCUUCCCGCUUCAGCGAUGGUAUCAAUGGCAAUCUCAGCUGUUACACAACUCACAGACGAUGUUGAACACAAGUCUGCAUUUGUUGUGCGAAAUAUGCACAUCAAAUAUCCCGUGAUAUUUUCAAAAGACACAGAUGACAUAGAGCUGAGACUGUCGAUGUAUCCGAUCGACACACAGCAAAGAAAGAAGCCAUGCGCUUGGAGAUUUUCAGUGUUUUGUCGACAACAAAACCACUGGACCGAAUGUUCUGAUGGCUCUGUGAGCGUCGAGUACGACCAUGGAAGGCAAGCUGAGGCUGAGAUUGGGUGUCACUAUAAGCGGCGCCGUAUUGCCCAUGAGGCCUUAUGUGCGCAAGAUGUGCUACCCAAGGACCUUUACGAGUCUUGGCAAAGUCAAGGAUACCACUAUGGGCCUAGCUUCCAAGGAAUUACUAGUGCAAAAUUCAACGGAGACCGAACUGCCACUGCUAUCAUUGACAUACCUGAGGCACUGGCUAUGGACGAGGACUUCGCAGAUUAUCUCUUACACCCCGCAAGCCUCGACACUGUGAUGCAUAUGGGUCUUGUUGCUCUAACAUAUGGAGCAACGCGCAAUAUCCCUAGCCAGGUUCCGGCUUAUAUUGAUAGCUUAUGGAUCUCUGCGGCUCCUAAGUUACAGACCAUAAAGCUUGAGGCUUCAGCUGAAGUAUUGUCACAAAAUGAUCAAAGCAGUGUGACCGAUAUAUUUGCACUGGAUCAUCUUGACUCGUCGUUGCAUGUUGUAGUUAAAGGAAUCACUACUAAGACUGUCGCAGGUUUUGACUCCAAUAUUUUGUCAAAAAGUCUUCAAAAGGGUUGCUUCUACCACGUGGACUCAUUCUUGGACAUAGAGAAGAUGCCGCCUCAUCAGCUUCAAAAGUUUCUUCAGCCUCCAGCCGGAGAAGAAGAUAUGGCAAUCGACUUCUGGGAAGCUGUCCGAGAAUAUGUGGAAUACAUUUUGAAAGGAUUUCGACAUCACAAGAUCUCCAGCCGAUUGAGCAAGCAGCAGCCUCAUCUCGCUCGCUACUUAAAAUGGGUCAAUUGGGUACUUCGAGACACUGAUGCUCGAUCCAGCCCAAGUAAGAUUAGCAUUGAAGAAUGCAGAUCUCGACUGGAGUCACAAGGGCCACUUGGUUUAUUAUAUCUAGAGGCUGGGCAGAAGUUGUCGCACAUUCUGAACGGAGGCACGAACCUAUUGGAUCCACGUUCCAACUUCAAAGAAAAUCCAGCAGGAAUUUAUCACAAGGAGAUGUCGUUAAACUCGACUUACAUGGAGAGAGCAUCAAGAUAUAUCCGCUUUCUGGCCCUGAAGAACCCUGAUAUCAAAAUCCUGGACAUAGGCGAUGGUACCCGGUCUUUCACUCAUCAUAUCGAACAUGCCCUAUGGGAUGAUGCUGUAGGAGUGGACUUAUUCUCUGACUACGUCUAUGCGGACAUAUCAUUGGUCUCGCUACAGCGAGCUCAAGCCCGAUUGGGUCCAAAUCAUCCGAAAAUGAUCUUUAAGACGCUAGACAUUGAGCAAGAUCCUAUAUAUCAGGGAUUCGACAAGUCUAGCUUCGACAUAAUUGUAGCGUCGAACGUGCUUCAUGCAACGAGUAGCCUCAUCACAACAAUGCAACGAGUGCGCAAGCUUUUAAAACCAGGUGGACAAUUGAUACUUCAUGAAAUAACACAGCCAACGAGGAUCGAGCCAGGUUUCAUCCUUGGGCUGACCAAUGGUUGGUGGCGCGCAGAGACAGACGGGUGCCGUAUGAGUCGGCUACUUUCCGAAGAACAGUGGUCCGAUCUGUUCCAAUCAAGCGGCUUUGCAGGUCCGCACCUUGUUCUGCACGACUUCGAGAAUCCAGUGAUCCAGUUCAACAGUAUAUUCUGUGCGACUACUGUUGCGGAUCCAGAUAUAGAUCCAGUUGCUCUGCAAAUACCCCAUCAACCUUCUGUAACACUUGUUACCUCGGGAUCGCACAUGGAAUUAAAGUUGGGUAAACGGAUUCAGGAAGAAUACUCUGACUUCGAUUAUCGCCCUGUCUGUAUCUCAACUCUGGAAGAAGUUUCUGAAUCGGAAGGAGCGUCGAACGAGCAACUCGUCUUCCUAAUAGACAUAUACGAGCCAUUCUUGCGGACUAUGACAGCAGUGAAGUUUGACCUACUGAGAAACGUCUUCCGCCGCGCUAAACACGUCAUUUGGGUAUCAUCCGGUGGAGGGACCGCCUCGGAUCCAAAUUACGGCAUGAUCGAUGGAUUUGUUAAGGUGCUAAGGAUUGAGAUGAACGUUACCGUUUCGACCUUGACACUGGAAUGUAGUAAACGAAGCAUUGAAGACCAAGCGAGGCACGUGUGCCAAAUAGUUCAUGCGCACGGGUCCUGCUCUCCAGGGGUUCAAGAAGAAUACUGCAUCGUUGAUGAUAAUAUUCAUAUUCGACGUAUAACCGAAGCUUCACCUAUUUCGGGCCAGAUGUCAGCUAUCGCCAACGGGACAGAAUUGAAAACGCAAGACACGAUCUCGGCAAGACCUUUUGCCAUAAAACGCUCAGCUGAUGGACGUAUAAGAUGUGAAUCGAUGUCUCCGGGUCAUCCCACGCUAAGAGACAAUGAAAUAGAAAUUGAAGUGCAAGCCUUGGGCCUCGAAAAGACAACUCUCAAACAUGAAAGGUUUGAGCCAGAAAACGAUGUUCCACUUUGCGAAGGAUCAGGUGUUGUAACACAUGUAGGACAUAGUGUACAACUUCAGCGAGGAGAUCGUGUGUGUUUUCUGGCGCAUGUCCUUCCGUUGUCCAAUGUCAGAGUUCGACAGACACAGGCAGUCCGAUUUCCAAACGAUAUGGACUAUUCAACGGCGGCUACGCUACCGAAAGACCUACUUGUAUCAUAUGUGCUAACCACCAAGCUUUUACGAAUAAACAGUAACAGUACUGUACUGAUUCACGGUGGUUCUGCAUCUUUCGUACGAGCAUUACUGCAUAUCGUGCAGCCGCUUGGCCCUCAACUGUUCAUCACAACAGAGACGGAUUGUACUACGGAGGAACUCUGCCAGUAUCAGUGCACUGUCUUACCUACGCCGUGCUCAUCACAGUAUCUCUUCGCGAUGAAACCCAAAGGCGCAGAUGUUGUCAUAGAUAUUGGCAUGGCGACGGGCAUCGACGACGCAUCAACGUAUACUUCCAAAUUCGGGCAGUACUUUCGCUUGCGCAUGGACCUGGAUUGUGAUCUGCCGCAAGCUCAAACGUCUAAUUUGUCGAAGCACGCUAUUGCAUUUUCCAUGACAUACGACUCCAUCCUAUCGCACUACUAUAAUGAGGACAACUGCCUGACCUCGGCCGCACAAUACAUUCGUCAGCAAGGUAUGGGUCAUCAAAAGGCUCCGGUGUUUGCUUUGCAGGAUGCCGAAGACGCGCUUGAAAUGCUGAAGCCGGGAUAUGUCGAAAAGACGAUCCUAGAGCUCAAGAAUGAUGACAAAAUCACACUUCAUACGCCCAUUGCUGAUAAGGCGAUAUUUGAUGCCACGGCAACCUAUGUAGUAGCCGGGGCUUUCGGUGCUUUAGGUCAAGCAGUAGUGCGAUGGAUGGCGCGGAACAAUGCUAAGUACAUGAUACUACUAUCCCGGUCCGGUGCCCGAACACCUGAAGCAAAGAUGAUGCUUCAAGACUUCCGAGGGGCAGGAAUUGAAGUCGCGGCGCCCAUCUGCGAUAUCUCGCAUUACGACACUCUGCGUAGUGUCUUAUCCGAGAUCUCAGCGACGAUGCCAAGAAUCAAGGGUUGCAUCCAAGCAUCUGGCAUCCUGAAUGAUAAAGCCUACGAGAAGAUGGACUUCGAAGACUGGAAUAGCGUGACCAGGCCUAAAGUUGACGGAUCUUGGAAUCUGCAUGAAAUUCUUCCUCAAGGCAUGGAUUUCUUCAUUAUGACAUCUUCACUAUCUGGUGUGCUUGGGCAAGCGACACAGAUGAACUACGCUGCCAGCAGUACCUAUCAAGAUGCACUUGCACGCUAUAGAGUGUCUAAAGGAGAGAGGGCAGUCUCAAUCGAUCUUGGCGCUCUUCUGACCGGAGGACUUCUGGACAGUAUCAUGCUUGAACGUUUUGUCCGAUCAGGCCUCUACAUACCAAUUCCAGAGCAAGACGUAUUGGCAUUGCUUGAGAUCUACUGUCGGGACGGUACUCUGGCUGAUAGCUCAUCUAAGUGCCAGGUUAUCACUGGCGUCAAGAAACCAGUCGAUAGCGUUGCGGAAGGUCAUUAUUUGUCUGAAGCGCUGCAAACGCCUUUGUGGAGCUUAAUGCGUGUCACUCACGGACGCAAAACCUCGACCUCAGGGCUUGCCCGUGAGGAUAGCACUCUGAAAGAGCAGGUGAAUGAAGCAGCGACUGAUAUCGAGGCAGCAGCGAUCGUAACAAAUGCCUUGUCAGAGCGCUUUGCGUCACUCCUUCUACUACAAGUGGAUAAAAUAAAUCCAGACAAACCUUUUCACAGUCUCGGCGCAGACUCACUGGUUGCAAUCGAAGUUCGUAACUGGACUCUGAAAAACUUUGAGGUAGAUAUCCCGGUAUUCGAUUUGCUGGGGGACAGGACUAUCAACAUAACUGCAACAUAUCUAGCACAAACCCAGCGAUCCAAGAAUUCUGCAUCAUAACGGAGGCUACUCGCUUGUUAUGUCUUUCUUGGCUAAGAAUUGGCCAUCCUUCAGUGCGGGAACAGAACCUGCGCUCCCUAUAUUCGUCAUCAUCGUGACAUAGAUAUAUGCUGCAACCAAAUGACCGACGCUCGCCACCUUUCCCUUCCCAAGUACGCUCUCCG